AUGAAGUGUGUACUAGCUCUUCUGAUCAUGAUCGGUAUCGUCAGGGCUGACGUCAGCAGUUUUCAGACGCUCCACCCGCAAGGGGCAGCCCUGGUACUGCCUUCUCACCCACAAGUAUUGGUCACCCCACACUCACGUCUUCAACCCCUGCCCAGUCCACUUCCACCACAUCUUCAACUCCGCUCGCAAGAACAACAGUACACCACGGAACCAAUUCCCAUUAUCCGCCAAGAACAAAUCGUAAAUCAUGACGGGUCCUAUAAGUGGAGUUACGAGACCGGCAAUGGUAUUUCGGCAGAGGAGCAGGGCUACGUGAAGAACCAGGGCGUGCCUGAUGCGGAAAUACAGACGGCCCAGGGCCAAUACCAGUAUACAGCUCCAGAUGGACAGGUGAUUCACCUCCAAUAUUUAGCCGACGAGAAUGGCUUCCAACCGCAAGGCUCCCAUCUGCCUACUCCUCCCCCCAUUCCUGAAGAAAUCCAAAAAGCUCUUGACUACCUUGCAACCCUCCCUCCAAGUAACGAGCAAAACACACAAUCGAGGGACAAACAUAUUCCUGUGUUCAUUAAAUAAACAUCCU